GAGAUAAACAAACGGGAUCAAACCAACUGUCAUCUUUCUGAGCGCGUUCGAGGUUGGUGAAAGGCGCGCGAAAUAAUCUUUUACAACGGGAAACCGGAAAGAUGGAACCCCGGAUGGAGCGUUACCUGACGACCCAUUACGAUGAGGAAAUCAACGAGCUGCUCAACAAUCCGGACGAGCUGCUUCACGUGUCCGUCGGUGUGAGCUUAACCCACCUGGCCCGGAGCGAACCGCCGCUGUACGAUGCAUUGAUGGCGUGUCCAAUGCGCGAGCUGGUCAAGUGGGACCGGUCGCUGUGGCAAGCGCAAAAGAGUCUGGUUGAGGGACCUAACUUGUUUCUGGAGCCGGGGUUCAAACUCAAACACAACUGCCACGUGCGUUUUACAAACAUGCCGUCGUCGUCUUUGGAGCGGGAUGGUGGUUCGAAGAAGGACAGAGUUACGUACCCGAAGCUGGAUCAGAUGGGGAAGUUGGUCAAGGUGUCUGGGACCGUGAUUCGGAUGACGCAGGCGCCAAAGUUUGUAGAGUUUAAGCGGGAGUACGUGUGCAAGCGGUGCAAGCAUGAGUUCGACGUUGAGGCGUUGUACCAGGAGAAGUACGUGUUCACCGUUCCGUGGGGGUGUCCGAAUGCUAGGGAGACUGGCUGUAAGGGUGUUCCAGUGCGGAAAAAUGAUCAACCGGUGCCGGAUUAUUGUCGCAACUAUCAGGAGAUUCGGAUUCAGGAGGUCGCUGGGAACAGCAACAAUCCGGAUUCGAUCCAGGUUACGCUGGAGAAUGAUUUGGUCGACAGUUGUCAGCCGGGAGAUCGGGUGAAUGUUAUUGGUACGGUUGAGUUGCGCUGCGGUCCGGGUAUUGUGGGCAAGCAGACGGAGUUGACGAUCACGUUGAAUGCGAACAGCUUGACCAAGGAAGGCAACAAGAUGAACACUGGGAAGGACUUUGCCGAGCAUCUUUGCUUUGUACGGGCCGAGUGGCAGGGAACGGUUGAUGAGAUUGGUGAGCUGGCCGCGCGGGAUCUACUGGUGCAGUCGAUUAGUCCGGAGAUUCACGGGAUGUACCCGGUGAAGCUGGCGAUCGCACUUUCUUUGGCCAGUUGUGCUCAACGGGACCUCAGCAAUACGGCGGUUACUCGUGGCCACUCACAUCUGCUGCUGGUGGGAGAUCCGGGAUUGGCCAAGUCCAGGUUGCUUCGGUUUGCGGCCGAUGUUUCGAGCCGGUCCGUGUUCACGACCGGAAUGGGAUGUUCGGCGGCGGGACUUACGGCGGCUGCCGUCAAAGAGGACGGCGAAUGGCAGCUGGAGGCCGGAGCGUUGGUCAUUGCCGACGGAGGAAUCUGCUGCAUCGACGAGUUUACCUUGAUGCGAGAGGCGGACAAGGCGUCUAUCCACGAAGCGAUGGAGCAGCAGACGAUCAGCGUGGCCAAGGCAGGUAUACGAUGUACCUUGGGGGCACGAUGCGCCGUCCUGGCCGCAACUAACCCAAAGAUUCCGUUUUCCGUGAGUGAUCUCGAGGGUGAAAGCGCCAGUCUCGGAGUAGGAGGACCACUGCUCAGUCGUUUCGAUCUGGUUCUGCUGCUGCGCGAUCAGUACGACCCCGAGUGGUACAUGGACGUCUGCGAUCACAUCCUGUCGCUGUCCGUGCUCGACGAAGCGAAGGACCACUUCCAACAGAUUUCCCCCGACACGUGCUGGAACUUGGACACGCUGCAGCGGCACUUUCAAGCCAUUCAGGAGAUCGAUCCGAAGUUCUCCGAAGGGGCGAAAACCAUUUUGAACGCAUACUACCUGGCCUGUCGAGCGAAUCCCAACCGAAGUCAGCAUCGAACAACCCCUCGGCUAUUGGAGAGCUUGCGCCGACUAUCGCAGGCCCACGCGCGGCUCCUGUUCCGAGACCAAGUAACCGCGGUCGAUGCCAUCACCGUGGUCCGAUUGAUGGAGAGCACCUACGAAAUGGGACGAAUCAUAAAGCCGAUCGACGUAAUUCGGGCUAAGCUACCUCUCGGGCCGAGCCCGCAGGAAAUCCAGGAAAUAUUGUCAAAAUUACCCCUCGAGCGUCCCGUCGAAGAUAUCCACAUCCAGCAGGGCGAUCCCACCAAGCUCGAACAAUUCCGAACGAAACUCGCGGAAAAAAGUCGUAAGCAAACGCCCAGCAAGUGGGAAACACUGUCCUCCCAGCGAAUGGCUCAGUUCGACCAAGAUGUUCUGGCCAAGCUGGAGGAAAGCGCCCGCGAGGAACCCCCACAAGCGCCAGCACCAAAAUCCGCCAUCGACGACCUCUACUCCAAGUACUCCUUCACGCAGUACAAAAAACGGAACGCCGCCAAAAAGGUGAAAAAGUCCGAACCGGAACGGCAACCCGUUCCGCAGGACGCCAUCGACAGUGAGGAGCAGCUUAACUCGAUCAUGGGUGGCCUACGGGAAAGCUUCGCUUCCAGCGGAACGGAAAACACGACGACGCCGGGUCGCAAGACACAACGUGGGGAGUCGUUCCACGCGCUGCUCGACAUCAGCAGCUUCCUGUCGGACGAGGAGGAAACAGCACCGGCCGAAGACCCACCGCCACCACCAAUCCAAGACGAUGACAACGUGUCCCGGUUCAAGGUGACUUUGCCGAAGAGAAAGCCAAAGCCGAGCAAGCCUGUUGUGGACGAACAGCCGGCCUUUGACGACAUUGCAAGUCUGCUGGCGGACGACGACGAUGACGAGUUGGGUGGUGCGGUGAACGCUGCUCCGCAGCAGGUCAGAGAGGUUCCACGAGAGGCGAUACCCGCUCCGGCGCAAACGCCGGUUUGUCCGGUUGGUGGAACCGAAGACGAUAUGGACGAUGCGUUGGCCUUUUUCGCAAACAUUGACGAUAUUUUGAGUGCGUCGAAUAAAGACUGAAUUGGUUGGAUGGUA